AUGAAGUAUAACUUGCCAACACUAUUGGCAUUGUGCCAGGACACAGGUGUACACUGCAAGUGGACCAGUGAAGCAAAAUACUGCAGACGAGCGCGUCUUGAUCGAAGCAAGAAGCCUAUCCUUUCAGAAAACCCGAGAAAUCGCCCGACUAAAGAGUCAGCCAGGUUAUUCCGACCGAACAAAACUCUAGCAUCGAAAGCACCCAAGAAUCGCCCGACUCGCACAAGCAAAAAGUCCUUUGAGCCUGUGUUCCCCACGAAUGACGCAGGGUUUGCUCAAUUCCUGAAGAAGCACACUUCCCCGAAACACCAGCGGGUCACGGCUGGGGGAAGAAUCGUUCCAAUGGAGCCAUCAAGGCCAUCACCCCGUUUUGGUGGCUCGUCGCCCAUGUCAAUGACCUCAAUGAAUGACGACGAAUUUGUUGUCUUUGUUGAUGGUCAGCCUGGGACUCAGAACCAAGCAACACAAGAGAGCUUUACAAUCAUCCAUUCUUCCACAGCGUCCGAUAUUAACUUACACGAGGGGUUGCCGUCGCCUUUUCUGGAAAGCACAUCCCAGUUCGCAGCUCCUGUCGGUUCACGGGAUUUGACCGUUUCCCAGUUAAUGGAAUCAGACAAUCCAUAUGCUGAAUGGAUUGAGCGAGUAGACGAAAUCGAGUUCGUUCGCCGUAAUCCAAGCACAGUGCGCCAUGAGCCUGCCCGUCUGGCUGAGGAGCGCCAGACACGAUGGGGUCUGAUCAUGAGUCUUAUCAACCUUGAUGAUGCUGCAAUUGUGCGUAUGAUGUUAAACAUGUGCCCGCCGUUUGCUGUUUUGCCUGAUUGCGACUUUUAUGUUGGAUUUGUAAGAGUGGCAUACGCGUUCGGUCUUGAUACCAUGAUUGAGGCAAAGUCACGAUUGAUGGAAAAAGUCCAAAACCAUGAAAGAUUUCUGGAGGAGGUUAACGAAGUGAUCGCGUUAAAUCCACAGAUUCCACCCAGCGAUGAUUGUUAUAAUUUGCGCGUUUACAACAUCAGCGAACGGGCAAGAGUUCUCAGCGCUCUUGAUCAAUGGGAUAUGCUCAUGGGCUAUCCAGGGGCGGCUAGCGUGAACAACUCCAAUGGUCCGGAAGGUAUUACCGUGCAAACCGGAGGAGCGAUCAAUGGUGGUUCAUAUGAUAACCAGUCGACUGAUGGUACCAAUGAGGUUGAGCGUGCCAACAUAAAUCGUGGGGUUGAUAUUAUUGACCCAAACACUGGCCAUCCCAUACAAAUCCAGAGGAAACACUUAACAGCAGCAGACAAAAACUGCAAUGGAACAAGCCACACAAAUGGGAACAACUCAGACCUUGGUAACGUGCAGGUUGAUGGAAGCUCAGAUUUGUGGAUUCAUGAUGAUGUAAAUGAAGACCGCAAUAGAAACAGAAGCGACUCAUUCUUCAAUCAGAUUCAGGUCGAUAGAAGAUCAGAGUUGUUUCAUGAUGCGAAUGGGACAGGCGGCAACGUGCCUACAAAAUACAAUGACCCGUCCUUUGACGCCAACAGCCGCGUGGAAAUUCAACUUUCUCCUGAAAUGGGUUCUGAGAUGGAACACAACGGAAUCAUAUCAUGGAUCCCCCAGGAGACAUGGACAGAACGUCGUCCCGGAAACAGAAGUCGUAUCAGCAAUACUUUGCCUCGGAACUUCGGUCGAAACGUCUCCAAUUUCAGAUCGGCAUUGCAUCCGAUUACUGAAAUUGACCACGAGGAGCACGUCGCCGAACUAACCAACAUGGCUGGAAAUGAUAGGAGUCAUUCACCAAGCCUCGCGACUACCAUCAAUGAAGAUGCAACUUUGAUUGGGCUUCAGCAUCUCCAUAAUGAGGCCCGCGGUGCAUCAAUUUCGGGCGGUUCAGAUGACGAACAACAGACAAGAAGACAUUCUAGCCUAGGACAGGGGUUGAAUGAAGACAACCUCUCAGAAGUUUCCUUUGAUCGGCCGCACAGAAGUACUGAGCUGUUUGACCACCAAUCGUCUCUCAUUCCGACGGAAUUUUUCGAUAUGUUUGUCGUUGACGUGGAAGGACCCGGUGAACGGAGAGGACCCUUCGCCGAACAAUCGGAGCAUGGCAUGAACCACAGCCGCAGUGGGAGCUUCACUCGGACAAUGAACAGCUUUGGAGGGGAUUACCCCGACGACAUGUCGGAUGCACCCCUAUUGUCUCGGAAUAACACAUUCGGCAGGGAUAGCCUAUUGUCCCAGUGUAGGCCGAGCAGGGCGAUUUCGAGGUCGAGUGUUCGCCGUAAGCACUAUGUACCUGCAGGUGGUCUCAGCAGCGUUGGGUCUCGUAUGAUCUCAUCGAGUCUGGAUGCCCGUCGACGGCAUGAUGCACGUGAAAAUGUCCAGAACGCCGGUCAGUCGCUCAUGAAUCCAUCGAGAUUGAUCGGAGAUUUGAGAGACGAAGUACCCACAGCACUUGUUCUCGGUUUCGAGACACCAGACAGCCAGCAAAACACCAAUUACCUGUCUGGGUAUUCCUCGCAGUUGAUCAAUGCCAGUGUCAGACACACCGCACCCGCUAUUGUAAACACCAGCAGAAUCAAUGUGCAUGCUCAAAACUGA